AUGUCUCUCGAUGGGCCAACCUACCUGGCCUCUCUGCAAAACAACAUCCGCCACCGCCCGAUCCCCUGGGAUGGAGCCGUUAGAGCAGGCAGCCUCACCGAGGACCAGCUCGCAAAGAUCCGCGCCGUCGACAAAGCUAAAAGGCCCGAGCAGAGGAAGGAGAUUGUGAGCGCAGACCUCGACGGAUAUCGGCUGCUGUUUGUUGGCGGCAACGGCAGCCCCAGCGUCUUGGAAAAGGCAGGAAAGAAUACCAGCCUCGUCCAGUACAUCUUGGUGCUGCUGGCUGAUUUGCUUGAUGCUGUGCCAUUCCUCGCCAAGGCUCUCCUCAAGUCCCCCGAGCCAUACCAGCAUUUCUUGCCGCUGUUCCGCGCUCACUCCAACGAGGAUCCCAUCCCGCUCCUUACCGCACACGCCUUGUCGAAUCUGAUGGCUCUGGCGCAAGAUGAUUCUAAGCCUACCGUCCUUGCCCUGCCCCUCAUCUUCACCUACCUGUCCGGCUUGGCUCAGAGCUCUGAUGCUGGCUUACAAGAUUUCGCCGUGCAGGAGUACUCAUCCUUGCUGUUCGGACAUGUCUCUCGAGAACACUUUUGGAAGCAGCGCAGCGACACCGUUACGCCCUUGGUCAACAUUCUUCGAGCAGCUGCUGGUGUUGGCAAUGGUGGCGACUCAUCUGCUAAUCUCUGGAGCGGCACUGCGAGCACGCGCACCUUUGAGGGCUCUCUGAAUGGAGGCGUUGGCUUACAGCUACUGUACCAUGUUCUCAUGGUCUUGUGGCAGAUGAGCUUUGAGUCAGAACAAAUCGGAGAUGAGCUAAACGACGAAUACGACAUCAUCCUCUUGUACACUCACCUUCUUCGACUCUCACCAAAGGAGAAGACGACUCGAUUGAUUCUGGCCACUCUUUACAACCUGCUGGAGAAGAACCAGAGAACGCUCCUGCCUAUUGCCGUGCUUGCCCGUCUACCCGCAUUGCUAGAGAAUCUCAGUGGUCGCCAUCUUGCCGACCCUGACUUGCUGGAAGACCUGCAAAGCCUCAAGGAACUGCUGGAAGAAUAUACCAAGACGAAGACUACGUUUGACGAGUACCUGGCCGAAGUCCACUCAGGUCACCUCCGCUGGUCACCACCACACCGAAACACCAUCUUCUGGGCAGAGAACGCACGAAAGAUCCUUGAGUAUCAAAACGGCGAAGUGCCUCGCAAACUGGCCGAGAUUAUGCAGAAGCCCUGGGAUAAUGACAAGCAGGUCUUGGCUGUUGCAUGCAAUGAUAUUGGUUGCUUGGUCAAGGAGGUUCCCGAGAAGCGAUCACAACUUGAGAAGAUUGGUUUGAAGAGACGGAUUAUGGAGCUCAUGGCAUCCGACGACGAAAAUGUUCGAUGGGAGAGUCUGCGUGCCCUGGGAGGCUGGCUCAAGUACAGCUUUGAGGACAAUUAG